GUUCUACCUUUUCAUUUCUUUUAAAUUUCCCUUCCAUUGUUGUGUAUAAUCAAACCCCAACCGUAAGUAUCCCGUAGCCGCCCUUGCAGCACCGCCCCAACCACCGGCGCCCAACCAUCAACAGCAGCACUCUUAUCUCCUCUCUUGCUUUAACCCACCGUAGAAGCCGCAACGCAGCCCCACGCAACCGCCAGCCCAGCCAGACUCGCUCUUUCUUCAUUCUUCUUCGUGGGUCUUCACCUCUUUGAACCUGUAGCCCCUCUAAGGCUCUAAAACCAUAGGCGGCAGGCGACCUUUCGUUCCGUUUCAUCACUGUUUUGUUGAAUACUCCUCCCGACGCCUCAAACAAGAAAGUACUACGCAACUCAAACCAACUAUUAGUUCCCAUCAAGUCUCUCAAUUCCCACUCUCAUUCUCAUUUUCCAAACCACCCUUAUUGGAAAUUAUUCACAUAAUCAAUCUCUGGAUGGACAUUGCAGAAGAUUUCUGUUGAGGAUUAACUUCAAAGGACAUAUCUUAUCUUCAUUGUAAACUAAAAGAAAAUGGAAAUAGUUGAAUCCAUUGAAGAUAUAUCAGUGCAAGAUCCACCAGAAGGGGAUUUUUCAUCUACUGAUUUGAAGUGGACAAAGUUUGGUAAUGCUGAACGCCACGAUGAUGUAGCUAUAAUUCCUUUUGACCGAGUUGAUGAUUUUAUUGUCGGAGAAUGUUCAAAUGUGGAGUUCCCAACUCGAUUUCAUAUUGAACGAGGAAGGAAACGAAGGAGAGGAAGCUUAAAAGAGUACAAAAAUGAUGAAUAUUUGGAAUACAAGCUAUAUUGGUGUUCGUUUGGACCUGAAAAUUACGGCGAGGGAGGUGACAUAUUACCUAGUAGGCAGUAUCGUUUGAAUACGCGUAAUCGUGCUGCAAGACCGCAGUCUAUGAGGGGUUGUACAUGUCAUUUUGUAAUGAAGCGCCUGUAUGCACACCCAGAACUUGCACUCAUCAUUUAUAAUGAGAGGCGUCAUGUGAACAGGUCUGGUUUUCCCUGUCAUGGUGUACUCGAUAGAGAUGCCAUAGGUCCUGGUGCUAAGAAAAUUCCUUAUAUUGGCUCUGAGAUUCAGCAACAAACAAUGUCGAUGAUUUACCUUGGCAUCCCUGAAGAGAAUGUAGUGCAGAAACAUCUUGAAGGGAUUCAACGUUACUGUGAUGCGGAUGCAAAACUUGGUAAGAUGGCCUCUCAAUAUGUCCAAAAGCUGGGAAUGGUUAUUAAAAGAUCCACUCAUGAACUUGACCUGGACGACCAAGCUAGUGUUAGGCUGUGGGUUGAACGAAAUAAAAAGUCUGUCUUCUUUUAUCAGGAUACAUCUGAUGACGAUCCAUUUAUUUUGGGAAUUCAAACUGAGUGGCAAAUGCAACAGAUGAUACGGUUUGGGCAUCACAACAUCAUUGCAGCGGAUUCAACCUUUGGCUUAAAAAAGCUUAGAUAUCCUUUAUGCACACUUCUGGUAUUUGAUUCAAGACGGCAUGCGCUGCCUGUGGCAUGGAUAAUCACACCCAGCUUUGCUAAGCCAGAUAUUUCAAAGUGGAUGAAAGCUCUAGUUUCUCGAAUACGUGCAGUUGAUACUGGAUGGAAGGCAAGUGGUUUUGUGAUAGAUGAUGCGGCUGCAGAGUUGGAGCCUAUAAGGGAUGUGUUCUGCUGUCCUGUGUUGUUUACGUUUUGGCGUGUUCGUAGAGCUUGGCUUAAAAAUAUAGUAAAAAAAUGCAGUGACAUGGAAGUUCAAAGGGAGAUCUUCAAACGCCUAGGUGAUGUUAUUAGUAAUGUUUGGAACAGACUGGAUUCUGCAGCUGCUAUUGAAAAGUUCAUGCAAGACUUCAUCGCACAAACUGCAUUCAUGCAGUAUUUCAAAGUUUUCUGGUUGCCGAAGAUAGAGAUGUGGCUUUCAAUAUUGCGGAGUGUUCCUCUUGCAAGCCUGGAAGUUGCUGGGGCUUGUGAAGCCUAUCAUAUCAAAUUAAAAGACAAACUAUCUGGUGAUUCACACCUUGGCGCUUUUCAAAGAGUCGAUUGGUUAGUGCACAAAUUGACUGCUGAGGUGCACUCUACUUAUUGGCUGGACCGCUACGCAGAUGAACAUGACACAUUCAAAGAUGUAAAGGAUGCAUACAUAGCUUCAACGCCGUGGCACUGCGCUUUACAAAUUUCUGAUAAUGAUGUUUCCUUUAAUGAAGACGAUGGUGUAUUUGCCAAGGUUCAAAGUCCUCAAGAUGAUAAUGUGCUGCAUACAGUCUGGAAUCCUGGAUCAGAAUUCGCUUUUUGUGAUUGCGCUUGGGCCUUACAAGGUAACCUUUGCAAACAUGUUAUCAAGGUCAAUAUGAUGUGUCAAAUCCACCGAGACUCGAGUUCCAUGUCGUUGCACUCAUUUAGAGAUCUAUUAACAACUUUAUUAAGAAAGCCCUUGGAUGAUUCAAUUGAAUUGGAUAAGGCGAUGGCAUUGACCCAUAAGAUUCUUAAUCAAGUACAAAAUGUCGUUGAACUUACCAGUUCGAAGGAUAUUGGCGCUGUUGUAAAUCGUCUUCCCUUGAAAUGGGUUUGUAGGAGAACCAGAACUUCUGCUCGGAAAUCAGUAGCAGAGUCUGCUUUGGUAUCUUACAACGAGAACUGUAAUGCGUCUGAACAAUGGAAUCACAGGAAACGAAAGAGACUGCCAUCAUUCUGAUUACAGACUAAUAUUUAUCGUUCUGGUGCUGUUUUGUUACGGAAGAAAUGUUGCGGAAUAUCAUAGCACGGCUAGAGGACAAUUUUACCACUACAAUCAACAGUGUAUCUUUGUACUCUUGAUUCUGAAUUUUUCGAUUGAAGUUUAGUGAACAGUAGUGAAAUAAUAACGUCGAUUUUUCCAGGCAAUAACAUUUUUAAAGUUUAAAGAUAGCAGUGAAGAGAAUGAAGACUUGCAAAGCAGGUUCAUGUUUAUCUCAAUACUGAAUACCUUUAUAGCAAGAGUAGAUGAAGAUACAUGAUAGAGGCAGUGCUGAAUAAUGUCAACUCAUCAUUUGAUUCCCAUAUAUAUUAUGAUCACAUUUUCA